UCAUUUCAAAAAGACCGUUGAGCGGGAUAGACAGUCGUCGAAACGGAACGCACGCGUGAGUCCCGUGAAAUGUCGAUCGGCCCCCAGUAGGGUUCAACUCAACGUUCAAUAAAGUUUACCACACAAGUGUUCAGUUAUUGAUAUGGCCCCAAAGCCCCUGCUAAUCGUGCGCCUCCUGUGCCUCGGGGCACUCCUGGGUACGGCGCACACCUCGCUGGAGUACAACCGCUACCUGGAGCAGAUAUUCCAAAAGUACGGCGAUGGCGGGACAAUCAACUUUGAGGGUCUCGAGCAUUUAAUGUACAGCUUGAAUCUGGGCCAGAUCGAGUUCGACCCCUCGCACACCAUUGCUGAGCACCGACCGCAGGGCUACUCGAAUGAGACUAAAGCCAGCACAAACGGGACCUACUUUGGCAAGCAGAUCAGCACUAAUGCCAGCACCGACGAGGAUGUUCUGGAUGUGCAGAUAUCACCAGAUAUCAGCAAGACCUCAAAGCACUCAGAGUCGGGGCCUGCGGUUCCAGAGUUCCUGGAAAUACACGACCCCAAGCAUCGGCAUCCGCGGGAGAGCAGCGUGGAGGGCAGACCUUGGCCUGCUGCCGCCUGUUUGUCACCGAAGCUUUUGCUAUCCCUCAUUGUGGACCACAAUGACCUGCACAAUAACAGUAUUUACCGCAAGCUGAUCAAGAAGGACUCCACCGUUCCGACGGAGACCACACACAACUCUGAUGAGGAGUACAACAACUUCAUCAACUCGGUACGGAUCACCCCGAGAGCAUUCAUGAAGCUAUGUCCAGCUCUGUUGGCCCAAAUCGACGGCGGAGUGUGUGCACAGCCAGCUCCACGACUGCACAUUAUGCAGGAUAAGAACCAGAGGAUUUGGGAUGCUUGGAUAUAUGCCAGCAUUUGUAUGUUUGUGCUCUCUGCAUGCGGUCUGCUUGGCAUUCUCCUAGUGCCUUUGAUGAAAACAGCAGCUUAUCAGGAGGUUCUCAAGUUUCUGGUGUCCAUAGCCGUGGGCACACUGGCCGGAGAUGCGCUGAUGCACUUGCUGCCUCAUGCUCUCUUCAAAGAGGAGAAGCACGAGCAGGCCCUAGGCGCAGAUGGUGCUUCCAUCGAUGGCGUACACAACCACAGCAGUGAGCCUGCCCUGCUGUGUGGCUGUUCCUUCCUUGCCGCCCUGUUCAUGUACAUUCUGGAGAACGUACUUCCACUGCUGAAGGGUGACAAGCAGAGCCACGGGCACAGCCAUGGACACGGGCACAGUCAUGGCCACUCGCAUGGCCAGCAGUUGGAGAAGGCGGCCCCAGAGACACCACGUGAGCUGAAUGUGAUGCUGCAGGAAACGAAGCUGGACGCAAAGUCACCAGAGCGACCACUCACCCCUGUGGCGUUCAUGGUCAUCAUUGGCGACGGGCUGCACAAUCUCACCGAUGGCAUGGCCAUUGGAGCCGCCUUUGCCAGUGAUCCGGUAACUGGACUGGCCACAGCAUUCGCCGUCCUAUGCCACGAGCUGCCGCACGAGCUGGGCGACUUUGCACUCCUUCUGCAGACGGGCGUCUCCAUGAGGCGAGCCAUUUACAUGAACCUGGUUAGCUCGGUUCUGAGCUUUGUUGGCAUGGCUGUCGGUCUGUUCAUUGCCGGCAUUGGAGAUGGGAUGACGCAGUGGAUCUAUGCAGCCACCGCCGGAUCCUUCCUGUACAUUGCCUUUGCCGAUCUGGUGCCCACAAUGAGUGUGGCCCACAAUCCAGAGAUGGCGAAGGAUCCAAAGGGUAUUAUGAUCCAGAUACUCGGCAUAUUCCUGGGCGGACUGAUCAUGUUGAUCAUUGCCCUGAACGAACACGACCUGGAGGGACUGUUCAAGAGCUUCUAGACAUUCCAGAAGACUAGUUCACAAUCUCAAGCUGGCCACUGAGGAAAUGCAUCUGUUAAUUUUGUAGAUAGUAGAUACAUUAAGCAUCUUUGAAAUCUCCACUUGAGUGGGAGUGAUCCUCUUCCCCAAGCAUACCUUUUAUGUAGCUUUUUAAGCCAAUUACCAAAUGUAAAUGACUGUCGUCAGAGCAAAUAGCUUAAGGAUAUUUUAGGCUAGUUUUAAGACGGAAAGUAAAUGGAAAACGAUAUCCACAGUGAUGAUAAA